CCAAUGCAUCUUCUUAAGGACAGGAAGCGAGGAAAGGAAGCAUUCAUUGUUUAGAAAAAAUAAUUAUGACCAAUGACAUCUCGGUAACUGCAUGUGAGUUACCACCUUAUUCAUCGCCAUUGGACAACAUUCACUCUUUAAUCGUUGAUUGGACGACAUCGUUGCAACGCUUUUUCAAGCUUUUUAUUUGAUUGCGGAUGUUUUGGUUCCAAUCGAAAAAAUCAGAAACGGGUGUAGUAUUUAGCUAGUUGACUCAAGCCGAGCAGCUAAAUAACCAGGACUAUCAUGAAGAGAGUCACUCUGUUUGUCAACGGAACGUCUUCCAAUGGCAAGGUAAGCUAGUUUCCGAGAACCCUAUCGGAUCCCUUUCUAUAUCAACGGCAGCACAGAUAACAUCACUGCAUAGCUACUGCUGUAGCUAGCUACAAGCUACAUCUCAUCUGACCACAGUAGGUUGUGGCGCUAUAUGGAUCGCUGACAGACCUGCUGUCCGUCGCUAGCAGUAAACUGGGAAUCCGAGCCUCCAGCGUUUAUAACGGAACAGGCGGUCUUAUAGACGACAUAACGCUUAUAAGGGAUGAUGACGUGCUGUAUGUGUCUGCGGGCGACUCCUUUGAUGAUGCGAGUAAGACAAAGUGUGCAGACCCCCAGGAUGACCCUGGUUGUCCAGACUGGUUCCAAACUCACACUGAUUGGCUGACGCUCAACGUUGGGGGUUGCUGCUUCACCACCACACGGUAACCAUGACAACCUUGCCGUCUGUCCACUCCAUUCUAUUGAUACACAUAACCUGUGUGGUGUGUUUUCUCCUCAGGAGCACUCUGGUCAGUAAAGAACCAGCGAGCAUGCUGGCCCACAUGUUCCGAGACAAAGAUGUGUGGGGUAAUAAACAGGACUCCCAGGGUGCCUACCUGAUAGACAGGAGUCCAGGCUACUUUGAACCAAUCCUCAACUACCUGAGACACGGACAACUCAUCAUCAAUGACGGCAUCAACCCACUGGGGGUCCUGGAGGAAGCUCGGUUCUUCGGCAUUGAGCAGCUGGCUGAGCAACUGGAGGACCUGAUCAAGAGUUCCCAGCCUGCUGAUGACCACUCCCCUCUAACCAGGAAGGAGUUUGUACGUUUCCUGUUGGCCACACCCACCAAGUCAGAGCUGCGCUGUCAGGGUCUGAACUUCAGCGGUGCAGACCUGUCUCGCCUGGACCUGCGCUACAUCAACUUUAAGAUGGCCAACCUGAGAGCUGUCAACCUCACUCACGCCAACCUCAGUGGUGCCAACCUGGAGCGGGCAGACCUGUCCUCAGCCUGCCUUGACGGAGCUAACCUACAGGGUGUUAAGAUGCUGUGUUCUAAUGCGGAGGGUGCAUCUCUGAGAGGCUGUAACUUUGAGGACCCUGCUGGAGUCAAAGCCAACAUGGAGGGUGCCAACCUAAAGGGGGUGGACAUGGAGGGUAGUCAGAUGACGGGUAUCAACCUGCGAGUUGCCACACUGAAGAACGCCAAGCUGAAAAACUGCAACCUCAGAGGAGCUACACUGGCUGGCACAGACCUGGAGCUCCCUCCCUCUCUUUCUCCCCCUCUCUCUCAGAACUGUGACCUGUCUGGGUGUGAUCUACAGGAAGCUAACCUUCGGGGCUCCAACGUGAAGGGAGCCAUCUUUGAAGAGAUGCUGACUCCACUGCACAUGUCUCAGAGUGUACGAUAACCCCACUGCACAUGUCUCAGCGUGUGCGAUAACCCCACUGCACAUGUCUCAGCGUGUGCGAUAACCCCACUGCACAUGUCUCAGCGUGUGCGAUAACCCCACUGCACAUGUCUCAGCGUGUGCGAUAACCCCACUGCACAUGUCUCAGCGUGUGCGAUAACCCCACUGCACAUGUCUCAGCGUGUGCGAUAACCCCACUGCACAUGUCUCAGCGUGUGCGAUAACCCCACUGAACCCCACACAAACAUACACUCCUGGUCCUUAAGUCAUUCCUCCCAACCCCCUGUGUAGCUCACCACUGAUAUUUCUCUUCUCAGAAGAGACUAGUUGCCCAAUACUAUAUCAACCCUUAGUAGUCACUUAGCUACCUGAGGGCAGUGGUUGUUCCUCUGACAUGAGUGAAUAUGAAACGAGACCCAGGAAUGUUUUAGUUCUGGUACACAUGUUUGUAUAUAUGGCGUAAAAGGUUCUACAUGUUUGUAAAAUAAUAUAUGUAUUUUGAAGGUAGAUACGGCAGAUUCGGGCCAACUUCCGCAACAACAAACAGUGUGAGGCUAAACUUCUCGCUGUUUUGGUCUCGCAGCUAUCACGUUGCAGCAGUGUGAAAUGCACAUGCACUUAUCUGCAAUAUCUAAGGUUCAUGGCAAAAGUUAUAUGGCUGAGUCUCACUUUAAUGGGUCCACAUGUACAUUAUCCUACAUGGACCAUCUUCUCCAUGCCAGGGGUUGGAUUUCCAUCACAUGGUGCUACACUUUAUCAUUGUGAAAAUUUGUUCUAUUUUUGUAUCACUGUAUAAUUACUGUCUUGUGUCUUUUGCAAUAAAGGCUCUAGCCUGUUUUUAGUA